AAAAAUGCUGGAAAAAAUCAAAAUUGAAUCAAUCUGAUCAACAAACGAAGGGAAAAAUAAUAGAGAUUAGAGAGAGAAAGAGAGAGGAAGAAGGAGAGAAGGAGAAACUUCCUCUGAGGCCGUAGUUGAGACUGAGAUCGGCGUUCGCUUCGACUCUCCGUCUUAUCUGAAUCAAUCGAAUUCGCCGCGGGAAGAAUGGGAGAGGUAGCGCGUGGAGGUUGUUGUCCUCCGAUGGAUCUGUUCCGUUCGGAGCCGAUGCAACUGAUUCAGUUAAUCAUUCCCAUCGAAUCCGCUCACUGCACUGUUUCCUACCUCGGUGACCUUGGCCUUCUUCAGUUUAAAGAUCUCAAUUCAGAGAAGAGCCCCUUUCAACGAACUUAUGCAACUCAGAUAAAAAGAUGUGGAGAGAUGGCUCGUAAAUUGCGUUUCUUCAAGGAGCAAAUGUUUAAGGCAGGUGUUUCACCAAAAGGUUCCACAACACAGUUUGAUGUGAACAUCGAUGACCUUGAGAUAAAACUUUCAGAAAUUGAGUCUGAGUUAACUGAGAUGAAUGCAAAUGGUGAAAAGUUGCAACGCACAUACAAUGAACUUGUUGAGUAUAAGCUUGUUCUGCAGAAGGCUGGUGACUUUUUCCACUCAGCUCAAAGCCGUGCCAUCGAGCAGCAAAGAGAAUAUGAAUCACGCCAUCUGAGUGGGGAUUCUAUGGAAGUACCUUUAUUACAGGACCAAGAAUUACCAGGUGAUUCAUCAAAGGCAGUUAAGUUGGGAUUUUUAGCAGGUCUUGUUCCCAGGGAAAAGUCCAUGGCAUUUGAGAGAAUUUUAUUUCGUGCUACUAGAGGCAAUGUGUUUUUGAGGCAGACUGCUGUUGAGGAUCCGGUUACAGACCCUGUUUCUGGAGAAAAGACUGAGAAAAAUGUUUUUGUCGUCUUCUACGCCGGUGAAAAAGUGAAAGCCAAGAUUCUGAAAAUCUGUGAUGCCUUUGGUGCCAAUCGAUACCCCUUUGCUGAGGAACUUGGAAAACAAGCUCAAAUGAUUACAGAGGUUUCUGGAAGGCUUGCAGAAUUGAAGACCACCAUAGAUGCUGGACUUUUGCACCGAGUUAACUUGCUGGAAAAUCUUGGGACUCAAUUCGAGCAAUGGAAUCUUUUGGUGAGGAAGGAGAAAUCCAUCUACCAUACCCUGAACAUGCUGAGCCUUGAUGUGACGAAAAAAUGUCUAGUGGCUGAAGGGUGGAGUCCUGUUUUUGCAACAAAGCAGGUCCAGGAUGCAUUACAGCGGGCUUCAAAGGACUCUAACUCCCAAGUCAGUGCCAUUUUGCAAGUUUUGCAUACCAGAGAGUUGCCACCUACCUACUUUCGCACGAACAAAUUUACGUCUUCAUAUCAAGGAAUUAUAGACUCAUAUGGGGUUGCUAAAUAUCAAGAGGCAAAUCCUACUGUGUUUACUGUAGUUACCUUUCCGUUUCUUUUCGCUGUAAUGUUUGGUGAUUGGGGGCAUGGAAUAUGUUUACUACUGGCAGCUCUAUAUUUCAUAAUCAGGGAGAAGAAACUUUCUAGCCAGAAGCUUGAUGACAUCACGGAGAUGACUUUUGGGGGUCGCUAUGUUAUUUUCAUGAUGUCACUCUUCUCAAUCUACACUGGCCUGAUCUAUAACGAGUUCUUUUCUGUUCCAUUUGAACUCUUCGGCCCCUCUGCAUAUGAGUGUCGUGACCUUUCUUGCAGGGAUUCUACCACAAUAGGGCUGAUAAAAACGCGUCGCACUUACCCUUUUGGAGUGGAUCCUGUAUGGCAUGGUACACGCAGUGAAUUACCAUUCCUAAACUCUUUGAAAAUGAAAAUGUCAAUUCUUCUUGGAGUUGCUCAAAUGAACCUUGGAAUUAUAAUGAGCUAUGCCAAUGCCAGGUUCUUUAAGAACCACGUAAAUGUAUGGUUCCAAUUUAUCCCCCAGGUGAUAUUUCUUAACAGUCUAUUUGGCUACCUAUCCCUCCUUAUUAUUGUGAAGUGGUGCACGGGUUCUCAAGCUGAUUUGUACCAUGUAAUGAUCUACAUGUUCCUGAGCCCAACAGAUGAUUUGGGCGAGAACCAACUCUUUGUGGGUCAGAAAAAUCUUCAGCUCGUGCUUCUGCUUCUGGCUGGUGUCGCCGUGCCCUGGAUGCUUUUGCCAAAACCCUUUAUUUUGAAGAAACAACACGAAGCUGUAUGCUUGCUUUUAUUAUGUUUUCCAUUUGUUCUUUCCUGGAACUUUCAUUUUGCUCUCGAUCUAAUGUUUAUUAUGUUAAUUCAGACGCACGGGGAUGACUCCUAUGCACCACUUCCAAACACGGAGGAAAGCUUGCAAGUGGAAUCAAAUCAUGAUUCCCAUGGUCAUGCGGAAUUUGAGUUCAGUGAAAUUUUUGUACAUCAACUCAUACACACUAUAGAAUUUGUACUUGGAGCAGUAUCUAAUACAGCUUCUUACCUUCGUCUGUGGGCCCUUAGUCUUGCUCAUUCAGAGUUAUCAAGUGUAUUCUAUGAGAAGGUUCUGCUUAUGGCAUGGGGGUACAAUAAUGUGGCUAUUCUGAUAGUGGGUCUCCUUGUUUUCAUUUUUGCAACUGUUGGAGUGUUACUUGUGAUGGAAACUCUGAGUGCCUUCUUGCACGCAUUGAGGCUUCACUGGGUGGAGUACCAAAACAAGUUUUAUGAAGGAGAUGGUUACAAGUUCCACCCUUUCUCGUUCACAUUGCUAGACGAAGAGGAUGAGUUGAUAUAAAAUCAUUUAAAUAAGAAUGAGAAGUUAUAUAGCUUCGAACAAGUAUUGAUUCUUUCAUUUGCUGUAUCUAGUCAGUGACUACCCGAUUGGUAUUUGCGGUAUUGUAUAUGAUGGAAUCCUGGGAGCUUUUUCUUCCGACAUCAUGCCGUAUCUUGUCUAUUUAUUCGUUGUGGUAAUAAAUAUAUCCCAGUUAGUGGUGUAACUUUCUAUCAGAUACUAGGCAGGCGCGUUUCACUAAAAAAAUAUACUGGGCUUUCGCCAACUGUAAUAAUUAUUACUUUCAAAAUAAAUUAUUUUUAUGAAAAAUAGUGUUAUAUUGA